AUGGCCUCAACCUCCGCUGCUCAUUCUCAUCUUUCUGAAUUUGAGAUUUGGUGGAGGGACCACUACGACUUCCUUAAAGACAAGGGCUACAAGCUACGAAGUCGCUACAGUCCAGACUGGGUGCCCUCUUGGACGAACACCAAGAAAGCUGGCAUAGAAUGUGAGGAUGGAAUCAAGCCACGACAUCGUUCUUUGCUAGAUGCACGGCACACUCAAGACGGCGCUCGCGUAUCACUCAAGCGUAUAGACGUGUCGCGACACCCUUAUGAAAUAGAAAUUGGUCGCCAUUUCUGUGACGCUCCUCUUGGCGAAGACCCAGCCAACCAUUGCGUGCCAAUAUACGAUGUUUUGGAGGUGCCUGACGGCAAUAAUAUUGCGAUAAUUGUCAUGCCAUUACUUCGAAAAGUUACAGAUCCCUAUUUUGACACAGUCAGGGAAGUGGUAGACUGCAUUCACCAGCUCUUGGAGGGGCUGCGCUUCAUGCACAUACAUCACGUCGCUCACUGGGACUGCAUGCAGCUAAACAUACUGAUGGACGGCAGCAUGUUCAUAGACGCAUGGCAUCCAAGCGACCAAUAUAUGUCCGAGGACUUCAAACGCCCUGCUAGGCAUCGCACACGCACACAGUCUCCGCCACGAUAUUAUUACAUCGACUUUGGCAUUUCCCGCAAAUAUGAUGCAUUCAAUACCAAUCCACUAGAAAUCCCCAUAUAUGGUGGAGAUAAAGGAGUUCCAGAGUUCAUGGAAGCCUACACCAAACCUUGGAACCCUUUCCCAACUGAUGUUUGGUAUCUUGGGCACGCUAUCCAAGAAACAUUUCUCGAUUUGCUUCUCAUUUUUCAUACUCUGAUUUGGACAAAACAGUGCUACUUAGGUGUGGAAUUCUUGCGCGAUUUGGUAACGGAUAUGAUGCACUCGGAUCCAACGCAACGUCCGAACAUGGACAAUGUUUUUGCUUGGUUCCAGGUUCUGCGUCAGGGUCUCAGUAAAUGGAAAUUACGUUCGCGGGUGGCUCAUGAUGAUGAGAGGUCUCUUUUUGAUUUCUUGGUCCACUGGGCCCGUCGCAUCCAGUACAUAGUAUGCAGAAUUCCCCCAACACAUACCUCGCCGUCAUAG